CCACUACGGACGCUAUAUCAUCGGCUUUUUUUAGAAUGGCCCCAUCCAUCCAUCUCAUUGUUGCUGCGACCCUCUCUGGACGUAACGACCAGAGGCGCAAAGUGUGUGUGGCAGGCCCCAAGUAAUUGCAGUACCUUAUUACCGCUGCCGCAUGAACCGGCCAAGGCAAAUGCGAAACCAAAGGCCACGUCCACGACAAUUCAUGGAACACGCCUCGGACCUUUUUUGCUCUUGUUUCCGGUUUAUCAUUUCUUGGUUCGUUGCUCCAUCACCUCGUUACCCCUGUCCCAAUUGACCCAGGUUAGCUCUCGACUGAGUUUACGAGUGUAACAAACGUUUUUCGCGCCCACGCUAACGUGGCAUCCCACCCCCACACUAAAGGAUGCCCUCAUGUCACCCUCGAGUAUUAGUCCGAAUGCCCGAAUCUAUUGUGCUGAGCGUGCUACCACGGUGCCAUUGUAACCCCAGCUGCCCAUUCUAAAUAACAACGCCGCGAUGCCCCCAGCCCCGUUCAACCCCGUUUGUUUCCUCCACCGUAUCUCUGACCUGGCCAACGCAGACCUUUCAUACUUGUAGAUUCGCCGCACGAGCUCUUGUCUGCAGAACAACUCGGACAGCCUCUGACUUCUGCCUCCAGCUCUCGCGUGAGAGGCUGACCGCUACGCCAAUCGCCUCCAACGACUACAGUUUCGACGGGGUUUUAGUCCCUUUUGCCAUUGCGUCACCUUCUUUAUAUAUGCGAUUUCCAGAUAUUCGCCAAGAUGCCUAAUAUUUCGCCUGGCGCAACGAUUGCUGCUCUGUUGCUGAGCCGCCAUGCUCACGCCGCCCCCUCGCCGCCAUCAGAGAAUGGCGUGGGCUACCUCCAUAUUCCUGUGACAGCUGCCGACCAGCUUCCGGGAACGGAUAUUAACAAGAGAGCUACCGGAGGCUCUAUUGAACAGAUUUUAACAAACCAGCAGCUGUUUUAUUCUGCCAAAGUGGGUUUGGGAUCGCCGCCACAACAGGUUACGGUUUUAGUCGAUACUGGCUCCAGCGAGCUAUGGGUCAAUCCAGACUGUUCCACAGCUACCAGCGACAUUCUUUCAAAGUUAUGCAAAACCUAUGGUCACUACGACCCUAAUAAAUCUACAACACCAGCUAGAGGCCCCCUUGGCAACAAGACGAUACGAUACGGCGACCCAUCUGAUGCCUCUACGCACACCUCUGUUUCUAUCGAUUAUUACUCCGACAGCUUAUCCUUUGGCAGUGCUGGCAUUACCAACCAAACGUUUGGCGUUGUUACCAAGAGUGUCGGUCAAUCGCAAGGCAUCCUUGGCCUCGCUCCGGAUCUUCAAUAUGGCUUCACCGGCAAGCCAUAUAAUCUCGUUCUCAGCAGCAUGGCACAACAAGGUUUAAUCAAUAGCGCGGUGUUCUCCCUUGACUUGAGACAUAUGGAGUCAAAGACCGGUUCCAUCAUUUAUGGUGGCAUUGAUCGCAACAAGUUUGUCGGAACUCUCGAACGGCUACCACUUGUUCCCGGCUCCCAGGGCGAAUUCCGCCUGUCUGCUCAGAUGAGCUCCUUUGGCGUCACCCGCACCAAGUCACAGACCAUUAAAGUCCAAGGCAACUCCAGUGUGGUCAUGUUCGAUUCAGGAACUAGCUUCUCACGCCUGCGACGCGAGGUUGCCCUACCCAUUAUCGAGGCUCUUGGUGGCCGCCAAGUCACCAACCGCGUCGCAGUGGAUUGUUCGAUUCUCGACACCCAGGGCAGUGUUGACUUUGGAUUUGGCAACACGAUUAUUCGAGUUCCUUUCAAGGACUUUAUUGUGGCUGUCAGCCCGACCGAAUGCUAUGCCGGCCUCGUCAUCACAAACGACAACCAGAUCCUAGGCGACACCAUCCUUCGCGCCGGCUACUUUGUCUUUGACUGGGAAAACAGAGCGGUACACGUUGCUCAAGCCGCCAAUUGCGGUGAUAACGAUAUUAUCACCGUUGGAAAGGGCCCUAGUGCCGUUCCCAAGGUCACUGGUAACUGCCAGGAGUCGGAUCUUUUAUACUCUGUCGGAUCGUCGACAAUCACAGCAGCCGCUCCCAUCAAGACUGUCGGAUCGGGCACAGUACCAUCAUUUCCAACAAAUACAAACGCCAGGCCAAACGAUGCCGGGCAGACCAAGUCCAGCAAAAGCUCUGGAAAUCGUGUUGGCUCUGCCCCGUGGCUGAUUAUCUCCUUGGUUGCCACGACCAGCCUACUCAUGGCUCUGUGAAUCUGACGAAACAACAUAACGAACUCUAUUUAUAUUCAACGUAUACUUCAACGAUACCAUGUACUAUGAUACCCUUUUUGCAUUCAAGGUGUACGACUUCAAGAGCCAGGUGCGACAGACUGUUGGUAACAGUCAUUAUUUCGAUUUUAGGAUUGGCAUUCUCGGACCAGUUCUAUUUGAUUUAGCGAGUAUAUAACGACCGACUUUAAUGCAAUUUAUUAUUCAUUUUGAAUCACGAAGUUUGCCUGUGGUCUACGCGUCCGUUAUACUUGAAACCAACGACCACUACAAGAGAGCUCACAAAAGCCAUCCAAAAAUAAUCAACAGAGGUAAAUUUCAUGGAGGACUAGUUUCCAAAAACGAUAAGCCUUGUGCUAUUAUUAUUCUAUUAGGAUGCGGUUCCGUGUAUGUACCCGCCGAUUUACAAGCUAUCCUGGUUCUCGCUCUCACACUCCGUCACCUUGUAAGUGACGGUGUCGUUGCCGGUCUUCCAGACCUUGGGCUUAAAGUCAAGGUAGACAAGCUCGUUCUUCUCGGGCUUCCACUGGCCAUUGGUAUCGCGGUAGUAAACAAUCUCGCUGCUGCCGGCAUCGCGGACCUCAACAGUAGUGUGGGAGAGGGUGCCGUCAGUCGUCCACUCGAGGUUGUAGCAGCCGCCCUCGGCAACGAGGAAAGGCUUGGUGCAGCGGAUGUUGCCCUCCUUGUCAAGGCACUUCUCAAUGGCGUAGUCCAUGACUUCGCCCUUGGAGACGGUCUCGCCUGUAGAAAAUUUUAGUUAGCAUGGAUCGUGGUGUGCAGGGCCCGUGUAAACCGUACCAAGAAGGCCGAGCGCAGACAGGCCGGCGGUAAGAAGCUUCUGGGGAUCAGCGAUAUACAUUUAUAAGAUUAAAAGUGGUUAGGAAGAAAAUGAAAAUAAUGAGUGUGGUAAGUUUGGCAAUUAAAUAACAAAGAGGAUUUGAAACGGCCUUAAAGGGAGACCGCCGGGCAUGUUUAGAGCCGUGCACGCCUGUAGAUGGCCUGUAAAAGCCGGUUUUGGCUACUCGAUGACGACUACUUGCAAAGUGUGGCGCCAAACAAGCC